AGUGCUCUCCACGAUGCACAACGCCCACCUCCUCCUCGUCGCCGUCUGCCUGUUGUACCGUGUGCAACCAUGUCUUGCAGACAAUGGGAUGAAUAUGACCAUGGACGGCGCCAUGACACUCGCCGUGGGGAACAUGCUGCCCUACCUCCACUUCACACUCGGGAACACUCUAUGGUUCCUCGGAUGGGUUCCUCAGAGUAGCGGUGCAAUGUUGGGUGCUUGCAUCGGUCUAUUCUUGCUUGCUCUCCUCGAGAGAUGGUUAGCAGCAUGCAAAUCAAUCAUGGAACUACACUGGAACAAAAGUGCGAGUCGCAUGCUGGUCGAUAAGCAGAACGCCUCUCCCGUCCCUAACCGCAAUGCGGCCGAUCACACUUUUAGACGACUGGCGCCUCCUUUUGUAGCCGCGUACGACCUGCCAAGAGGUGUCAUCUAUGCCGCACAAGCGCUCCUCAACUAUCUCUUCAUGCUGACAGUCAUGACGUUCCAGCUAGGUUACAUAUUUUCGCUCGUCAUUGGCUUGGGUGUUGGGGAGAUGCUGUUCGGACGAUACACACUGUCGGCUCACCUCCAUUGAUAUCUUAAUUCAGUAGAUUAGUCCUCGUGCAUGUCUUGUGUAUAAUAGUGGAGUAUACCAUUAACAUUAUUUUACGGGGACGAAACGCAGG